AUGCGUAGUUACAAAAGUGGGGCUGAAUCGAACGCCGGAAAGCGAAAACUUUUGACAAAGAAAAACAGUGUUGGUUGCGUAAAUCCCACCGAUGCCCCAACGAAGCGAAAAGCGAACGAUUCGUGUGACUGGCUUAUUCUCGAAGUGGCUAAAGAAGUGGACACGAACACUAUUGAUCGAUCGUCGAUUAUUCUAGAACCAUUACCAUUGACGUCAGACGGGACGGGCUUCAACGUGCGGAGCACCCCCACACCACUACAGUAUAGCGUUACGUUCGAAACGGUGGCCGCAGCCGCAGCCGCAGCCGCCGCCGCGAUUCAUGAAUACUUCAUCGCCACCAACUCGGUCGACGUUUUGCGUGACUACUUGCCCGACCAGCCAUCGAUCCCUCUGCUGUCGAUCGAUCGAUCGAUCGAAUACUGA